UUUUCUCUUUUUAUUUCGCCACACCACGCCCCACCUCUUUCUCUACUCACUAAAGGAUGUGUGUUUUUUGACGAAGAGGCCAAAAUAAAGGUCUUUCUUUUAUUCCCAUCUAGCUUAUAGCAGCGUAUAAGUAUUUUUUAUACACACACACACACGCAUUUAUAUAUUGAUGCUUUGAGCUUGCACCUGUAUCUCUAAUCAGUAAUCGAUCACUUCUAUAUAUAUUCCAAGUGUCAUCUUCUUGCUUUGUUUCUUUUUACUAUAUCAAGUUCAAGAAUAAGCACCCCACUAUGAGCAAUUUGUGACUUUGUCGCUGUCUCUCCUGUGGGUUGUUCUCUGAAUUCUAUAUCUCCUUCUUCCAUCUUCUUGUUGUUGUUGUUCUUGUUCUCGUAGCUGUUGUGAGUAUAUUGAGUGGAUUUGUGUUUCCCACUUUAAAAUGCCCCAGAAUAACAAGAUUUUCAAAGACCCAUCAUCGAAUCCGAUGCCUGAUCUUUCUCUUCACAUAAGCCUUCCAAACAGUGCUCCUUCUUCAAUUUGCACCGGAAAUAACGAAGAAGCAGAUUCGUCGUUUGAUAUAUGGAGAAGCAGCACAGAAGUAGAUGGCGUCAAAUCCCACAGUGAGAGUUCAAUCAGAGGAAGCCCUCAAGAACAAACCCAUGUCGUCUCUCUCUUCAAUCAUCUUCCCACAAGUGGUUAUGAGGCUGAGAGCCCCUGGAGGAGGAGGACGACGGCAAGAUUGAACGACGUCGUUGUCCGAGGCAGGGAAGAAGAGGACGGUAGUGGUGGGUUUUGGGUUUCACAGGGACUCAAUUCAAGAGCCACCAGAGGAAUCCCACUUCAUCAGGAUUCUAAUAUUUCUCUAAACCCACUUCAACAAUUUCCCUAUCCUAAUUACUCCUCAGCUUCUUCUUAUCAUAGUAGUUAUAGGCCCUGCGACAAUAAUAACAGUGUUCUUGGUGGUGGUAAUUAUAACAACAUGGUGGAGCACCCAAUCUCGAGGUUUAAUGGGAUAAGUAUGGAGAGUUUGAUAAGACCCCAUCAACCAAAUCAUCAGUUUCACUGCUUGAAUCAUCAUCAUCAUCAUCAGUUUGGUUCAAACUCUGAUUUCUCAAACGGAUUUGGAAGGUCCAAGAUGUUGCCUAAUAGGCUUCACAGUAACAAGAGGAACAUGAGGGCUCCCAGAAUGCGUUGGACUAGCUCUCUUCAUGCUCGUUUUGUUCACGCCGUGGAGCUCCUUGGGGGCCAUGACAGAGCAACACCUAAGUCAGUUUUGGAGCUCAUGGAUGUGAAAGAUCUAACACUAGCCCAUGUGAAGAGCCAUUUGCAGAUGUAUCGAACUGUUAAGAACACUGACAAACCUGCAGCUUCCUCAGAUGGAGAUGAAGAUUUCAUGAGCCUAACGCCUCCACCACUAAAUGAAAAUGAGAACUAUUUUUCACCCAACAAGAGAGGCCCUACAAAUGCAUCGUCUUUAGAUCAGGAUAUGGCCUACACUGGCAGCAAUCUGUGGAGUAAUUCUUCUAGUAGAAGAGCAUGGACACAAGCUAGUUCCAGAGAUUUUGAAGGAAUUAGACCACCAGACAAUUUAUCAUCUUCUCAUCAGCACAUAACUGAGAAACAGUCUUCCGGGGGAAAUAGUUUUUUGCAAUCAAGAAGCUUGAAGGACUCUGAGAAUUUAAGCUUGGAGUUUACCCUGGGGAGAUCAACGUGGGAAAGCAACGAACGUGCCUAGUUAAAGUUUGGUACGUCAUGAUUCUUGAAUAGCGCUUCAAAAGACGGAAAUUAAAAGAACAAGUAGAUUUAAUGCACACAGAUAAUAUAUAUAUAUAUAUAUAUAUAUAUAAUAUGAUAGGGUGCUGCUAUAUAUAUUGUACAAUGUCACUUGCUGAAAGGCAUCUUUGUAUAUUCUUUUAUUGAGCCAAAGCUAGGUUUUUCACUUGGUUUCUAACUUUUAAGGUGAUGUUAGUCAGUAUUACAUAACUAUCGUGAUUAUUAUAAAAAGCUAAAGCUGAUCGAUGAGGAGAGAAAAAGAAGGAAUCAGAUCAAUGGUGUAUUUUAUUUUCUUACCACUUUCUUUUUCAUGUCUUUUCUUCCCUUUUUCUUAAUAGGUUCCUACAGAUUCUGUCCAUAUGUAUAAAAUUUUACAUAUAUAUAUAU